GGAGCCACUUGUGGCGACGACGGGGCCAUGAGCGGGCGGUUCACCGUCACCGGCGGCGGGGGCGAUGGCAAUCCCAAGGAGAGCAGCCCCUUCAUUAACAGCACGGACAUGGAGAAGGGCAAAGAGUACGAUGGCAAGAACAUGGCCCUCUUCGAGGAGGAGAUGGACACAAGCCCUAUGGUUUCGUCCCUGUUGAGUGGACUGGCCAAUUACACCAACCUGCCACAGGGCAGCCGGGAGCACGAGGAGGCUGAGAACAAUGAUGGAGGCAAGAAGAAGCCUGUGCAGGCCCCACGGAUGGGCACCUUCAUGGGUGUCUACCUGCCCUGCCUCCAGAACAUCUUUGGAGUCAUCCUCUUCCUGCGUCUCACCUGGGUGGUGGGGAUCGCUGGCAUCAUGGAGUCAUUCUGCAUGGUCUUCCUCUGCUGCUCCUGCACGAUGCUGACGGCCAUUUCCAUGAGUGCGAUCGCCACCAACGGAGUGGUGCCAGCGGGUGGCUCCUACUACAUGAUCUCACGCUCCCUGGGACCUGAGUUUGGUGGGGCUGUGGGGCUCUGCUUCUACCUGGGCACCACCUUUGCCGGCGCCAUGUACAUCCUGGGCACCAUUGAAAUCCUGCUGGCCUACAUCUUCCCAGCCAUGGCCAUCUUCAAGGCAGAGGACGCCAGUGGGGAGGCGGCCGCGAUGCUCAACAACAUGCGUGUGUACGGCACCUGUGUGCUGACCUGCAUGGCCACCGUCGUGUUCGUGGGUGUCAAGUACGUCAACAAAUUCGCCCUGGUCUUCCUGGGCUGUGUCAUCCUCUCCAUCCUUGCCAUCUAUGCUGGUGUCAUCAAAUCAGCCUUUGACCCACCAAGCUUCCCGAUCUGCCUCCUGGGCAACAGGACCCUAUCACGCCAUGGUUUUGACCUCUGCACCAAGAUGGUGGUGGAGGGGAAUGAGACAGUUGGCUCCAAGCUCUGGGAGCUUUUCUGCACCUCCCGCUUCCUCAAUGCAACCUGUGAUGAGUACUUCACCAUGAACAACGUCACGGAGAUCGAGGGCAUUCCUGGUGCUGCCAGCGGCCUCAUCCAAGAGAACCUCUGGAGCUCAUACCUGACCAAAGGCGUGGUCGUGGAGAAGCGGGGGCUUCCCUCAGUGAGCUCCCCCGACACCCCAGUGGACAUGGACCAGCCCUACGUCUUCAGCGACAUGACGUCCUACUUCACCCUGCUCGUCGGCAUCUACUUCCCCUCGGUCACAGGCAUCAUGGCUGGCUCCAACCGCUCUGGAGAUCUGCGGGAUGCCCAGAAGUCCAUCCCCACGGGCACCAUCCUGGCCAUUGCCACCACCUCUGCAGUCUAUAUCAGCUCUGUUGUCCUCUUUGGAGCAUGCAUCGAGGGGGUUGUCCUGCGUGACAAGUUUGGUGAGGCCGUCAACGGAAACCUGGUGGUUGGCACCCUGGCGUGGCCGUCCCCGUGGGUCAUUGUCAUUGGCUCGUUCUUCUCCACCUGUGGGGCUGGGUUGCAGAGUCUCACCGGAGCCCCCCGCCUCCUGCAGGCCAUCUCCAGGGAUGGGAUCGUACCCUUCCUCAGGGUCUUCGGCCAUGGCAAAGCCAACGGGGAACCGACAUGGGCCCUGCUGCUCACAGCCUGCAUCUGCGAGAUCGGGAUCCUGAUCGCCUCCCUGGACGAGGUGGCUCCCAUCCUCUCCAUGUUCUUCCUCAUGUGCUACAUGUUUGUCAACCUGGCGUGUGCGGUGCAAACGCUGCUGCGGACGCCCAACUGGCGGCCCCGCUUCCGCUACUACCACUGGACCCUGUCCUUCCUGGGCAUGAGCCUCUGCCUGGCACUGAUGUUCAUCUGCUCCUGGUACUACGCGCUGGUGGCCAUGCUGAUCGCCGGCCUCAUCUACAAAUACAUCGAGUACCGCGGGGCGGAGAAGGAGUGGGGUGAUGGGAUCCGGGGUCUGUCCCUGAGUGCAGCACGCUAUGCCCUGCUGCGGUUGGAGGAAGGGCCCCCGCACACCAAAAACUGGAGGCCGCAGCUGCUGGUGCUGGUCCGUGGGGAUCAGGAGCAGAACGUGGUGCACCCACAGCUCCUGUCCUUCACAUCGCAGCUCAAGGCUGGCAAGGGCCUCACUAUCGUGGCCUCUGUGUUAGAAGGGACCUUCCUGGACAAUCACCCUCAGGCGCAGAGGGCGGAGGAGUCCAUCCGGCGCCUGAUGGAAGCGGAGAAGGUGAAGGGCUUUUGUCAGGUGGUGAUCUCCUCUAACCUGCGGGAUGGCAUGUCCCACCUCAUCCAGUCCAGCGGGCUGGGGGGGCUGCAGCACAACACAGUGCUGGUGGGCUGGCCCCGCAGCUGGCGCCAGAAAGAGGACCACCAGACCUGGAGGAACUUCAUUGAGCUGGUGCGAGAGACCACAGCUGGGCACCUGGCCUUGCUGGUGGCCAAGAAUGUUGCCAUGUUUCCGGGCAACCAGGAGCGGUUCUCGGAGGGCCACAUCGACGUCUGGUGGAUUGUCCACGAUGGGGGGAUGCUGAUGCUGCUGCCCUUCCUCCUGAGGCAGCACAAGGUGUGGCGUAAGUGCAAGAUGCGCAUCUUCACGGUGGCACAGAUGGAUGACAACAGCAUCCAGAUGAAGAAGGACCUGACCACGUUCCUGUACCACCUGCGCAUCACCGCCGAGGUGGAGGUGGUGGAGAUGCAAGAGAGUGAUAUCUCUGCCUACACCUAUGAGAAGACGUUGGUGAUGGAGCAGCGUUCCCAGAUCCUCAAACAAAUGCACCUCACCAAGAAUGAGCGGGAGCGGGAGAUCCAGAGCAUCACAGAUGAGUCCCGUGGCUCCAUCCGGCGCAAGAACCCGGCCAACACGCGCCUGCGCCUGAACGUUCCCGAGGAGCAGGCUGCUGACGGCGAGGAGAAGCCAGAGGAGGAGGUCCAACUAAUCCAUGACAAGAACGCCACCACCUUCUCCAGCAGCUCUCAGUCCCCUGGUGAUGAGGUGGAGGCAGCCCCUGAGAAGGUGCAUCUCACCUGGACCAAGGAGAAGUCUGUUGCUGAGAAGAACAAGAGCAAGAGCCCUGUCAGCCCUGAGGGCAUCAAGGACUUCUUCAACAUGAAGCCGGAGUGGGAGAACCUGAACCAGUCCAACGUGCGGAGGAUGCACACGGCUGUGAAGCUCAAUGAGGUGAUUGUGAAGAAGUCCCAGAGCGCCAAGCUGGUCCUGCUGAACAUGCCAGGGCCUCCCCGUAACCGGAAAGGGGAUGAGAACUACAUGGAGUUCCUGGAGGUGCUGACGGAGCGUCUGGACAGAGUGCUCCUGGUGCGUGGUGGGGGCCGGGAGGUCAUCACCAUCUACUCCUGAAAGACGGCGCGAGAGAGGUUUGUCUGCACACCGAGAGCCCCGCCACCCCUUUGCACCGCGCUCCCGGAGGGGAGGAGGGAAGGCCGGAUGGCAGCCGGUGCGCAGAACCUUCUCCUGGCUUUGGCCGUGCCCCUGAUCUCUCCAUUCGAACUGCAGCACCAGAUCUUCCGGGAGCAUCCAGCACCAGAGCAGCUGUUCCUCAUGGCAACACCACAGCACUGCUGUCCUUGUUUAUAUAUAAAUAUAUACAGUGAACCGCGGACUGAGCACCAGAGCUCGGCGCUGCCGCCACCGCCCGCCCGGGCAGGGCCGGCCCCUGGCCAGCCCCAGCACCGCCGUGCAGCCCCUGGCCGGGCAGGAGCGCGGCCGUGCCCGGACGGACCUUGGCCCCACCGUGCUGCUACUCCUGCACAGACUGGGCUGGACGCGCCCGUGCCCUGUCCCGCCGGCGCCGUGCCUCCCUGCGGGGCGCUGCAGAAGAGAGAACUCAGCUCACCCCGCUGCCCUCGCUCCUGUCCCGGCUCCAGCAGCGCCCGGAGCUGCCUCGCACGGCGCUGCACCCCCGCUGCCCCUCACCGCCCCGGUCCGGACCGCCCCGCGUCGCCGCUGCCUCGGACAGAGCGCGGGCUGAGCUGGUGGAGAUGCAGCACGAUGGUUUGGAGGAGGCAGAGGGUGGGGGGCGGCUGUGUGGGGUCAGGUGCUGGAGCACAGCAAGGCCGUGAGAGCAGGAGCCCUGACCUAGGGUGGUUGGGGGUGUUCCCUGUCCCCCCUGCCUGACUCCAGGCUCGCUCUUGCGCAGGAGUCGCGGUGCGGAGCUGCGGUGUCGGGAUCCGCUCGGGGUGCUGGGGACCCCGGGUAGCUGCUCUGGCCUGGCACAGAGGUGUCCCGGACCCCCACCCUGCUCCCCCACCGCACUAAACUGGGGGCUCUCAGGGCCCAUUACCAGCACCCGCCUGGGUCCCCCGUGUGCCCCGCUGCCCUCCCUGCUGCUCCCCGGGCUUCGCUGCUAACCCAGCCCUGGCUGCGGCCCCAGGCAGUCGCAGAUGCUGCCGGGGGCUGUAAGACACUCUGGAUCUGUGCGUAUUUUUAACAUAUGCAAAGGCUGUUUGCUGAUCUGACCGGCAAGACGUCACAGCGAGGUGGGGCCUGUAGGGGUCCCACCGCCCCCGGGCAUCAUGGCACUCCCUCAUCCGGCUGGCCAGGGCAGCCCUGGCACCAGCCGCGCCACAGCCGCCAGCCCCCACAGGGGCAGCAGAGCCCCCCGCGGCAGAUCAAACACCUCUUAUCUUUGGCAGCAGCUGCAGGGUCACCCCGUCACCGUCCCCCCCACCCCC